AUGCCUGAAAAUGGUGAACUUCAUCCCGCUCAAGUGCUUAAAAGUGGUCAUGAUGUAGGUGCAAGUCAUUACGCAGGUGGUGUACCACCUCAUAAACGUAUGCGAAAGCCUAUUGUACGUAAGAGUGUCGAUCCUAAUUCUACUUUUGUCAACUACGUGACACAACGUCGCUUUGUAUUGGCACGAAGUGUGCGUUCGCACGCGUUACCACCUCAUUCAUUUUACAAGAGGAAAAUGAUGCCCCCGUUGGUGUAUCCUGGGGAUGAUGACUUGGCUUCCUGUGUAUGCACGAAAUUUUGUCGCUGCUCAACGAAUAAACAGCGUUGUCCUGUCAAUUGUCUGACGUGGACACCUGAAGGUCGUCGUCUUAUUACGGGCAAUUCUGUGGGUGAAUUUACGCUCUGGAAUGGUCUGGCUUUUAAUUUUGAGACCAUUUUACAGGCUCAUGAUGAUGCCGUGAGAGCAAUGGUGUGGUCUCAUAAUGACAAUUGGCUGGUAACGGCCGAUCAUGGGGGGGUUAUUAAGUAUUGGCAAUCCAGUAUGACAAAUGUUCAGCUAUUACAAGGACAUCGAGAAGCUGUACGGUCAUUGAGUUUUUCACCAACGGAUUUCAAAUUUGUAUCAUGUUCGGAUGAUGCUACAGUAAAGAUCUGGGACUUUGAAAGUGGUCGAGAAGAACGGGUACUGACGGGACAUGGAUGGGAUGUUAAGUGUGUGGCGUAUCAUCCGCAGAAAUGUCUACUUGCUAGUGCUAGUAAGGAUAAUCUGGUCAAGAUUUGGGACCCCAAGUCUGGAAACAGCCUCAACACUUUGCAUGGCCAUAAAAACACGGUGUUUAAGGUAGCUUGGAACUCGAACGGUAACUGGCUGCUUACAGCCAGUCGCGACCAGCUCAUUAAGAUUUAUGACAUCCGAAUGCUCAAGGAGUUUGCUACGCUGAAGGGCCAUGCACGUGAAGUCACGUCCAUUGCGUGGCAUCCGUGGUAUGAACGUCUGUUUGUCAGUGGUUCCUACGACGGAUCACUUAUGUACUGGGAAGUCGGUAAGGAUAGUGCGUUGGCUUCCAUUCCCCAGGCACACGACACGGCUGUGUGGGAUAUCCAAUGGCACCCUGUUGGUCAUGUCGUUGCGACUGGAAGUAACGACCACAGCACGAAGUUCUGGUGUCGCAAUCGACCAGGAGAUCCGAUGGACGACAAGUACAAUGGCGGCCAGACCGUGUUGAAUGAGCACGAGACUGGCGAGGGGAUGAUGCACAUGCGCGGAAACCCAGACGGCAUGGAAGUGCUACCAGGAAUGGCGGAUAGUGCUAGCAGCCUUCGCUCUAGCGCGAUCAACGCAGCCAGCUUCCAGACAUUUAACAAGAGUCCCAUGGACAACCGUGGCAAUGGUGGUAGUCGUCGGCCGCCUCCUGAGUCGUACACGUGCAACCGGUGUGGCACCAAAGGUCACUGGAUUGAAGACUGCCCUACGAAGGACCAGCUUAAUCUUAGUGGCCAGAUACAGCGCAAGGUUCCGCCUGAAGGUUACUUGUGCAAGCGUUGUAACAUUCCAGGACACUAUAUCUCGGACUGCACCGAGCCCAAGGUACCCCCUCUGUCGUAUACUUGUCACAAAUGUCGACAAAAAGGUCAUUGGAAGCAGGACUGUCCGAUGGAUGGGAAUGGUGCGAUUAAUGCAUUGCUCAGCCAGAUUCGUCCACAAGGUGUUCCAGUUAGUGCCGGUAUUCCAAUGAAUACCAAUGGGGCAGCUUCAGUUCCACCUCGAGGUUUUCCACCACGAGGAAUGAUGCCGCCGCCUCCACCACCUGCUACUGCAGGUUUAUUGGUCCCACCACCUCCACCUCCACAUAUUCUUGCAGGUAUGAAACGCGCUCGCGAGGAUGAUGUCGGUGGUGGAGCUGGGAUAGUCCCACCACCUCUUAAUGGUUGGCCACCAAUGGGAAGCAAUGGAUCGAGUUUUCCACCUGGACCUUCUGGAGUAAUCACACCAUCUAUUGAAGUAGUACCUGGACAGUCCGACCUUAAGAAACUGAACCGAGACCCAAGACGAAGGUAA